AUGGGACAGCGGAUCGUGGUGAGCGACAUCAACGAGUCAGUCCACUUCUUACGGUACAAGAAACACGUGAGUUCAUAACUCCAGCUUGUGUUACUCUCUAGUAAUUAGAUUAAUGAAUUCAUUUUCAGGACAACCAGUUAGUGGUGUUUGCUGACGAAACACUUCCAAGAUAUGUCACAUCAACAUGCAUUUUGGACUAUGACACCGUUGCCAUUGCUGACAAGUUUGGAAACGUUGCUAUUGUAGGUUGUUUUUCAAUUUUAGACUGGGUAAAUGUUGAAUUUAAGUAAAGUAUUAUAUUAAUUACUUUUAGGUAAGGUUACCCAAAGAGAUUAUCGAAGAAGUCCAAGAAGACCCAACGGGUGUCAAAGCUUUGUGGGACCGAGGUAAUCUGAAUGGAGCUUCUCAGAAGGUGGAGUACUUGGCCAACUUCUACCUCGGUGAUAUGGUGACCACUCUUCAGAAGACCAGCUUGGUGCCUGGUGCUGAUGAUGCCUUGUUAUAUACGACGAUAAGUGGCAGUGUCGGAAUGUUUGUGCCUUUCCUAUCUCGAGAUGUAAGUCCCCAUCAAACCGAUCAAAUAUAAUGUUUUUUAGGAAUUCGAAUUCUUCCAAACCAUCGAAAUGCAUAUGAGAGUAGAAUUCCCACCGCUCUGUGGCCGUGAUCACUUGGCAUAUCGAUCGUACUACGCCCCUGUCAAGUCAGUAGUCGACGGGGAUAUCUGCGAGCAGUUCAGCAUGCUGGAUUCUGAUAAACAACGAGAAAUCGCCCAAGCCUUCGACCGAACCGCUCCGUUCAUUCUCAGAAAACUGGAAGAUCUCAGGACUCGAUACGCCUUCUAG